AUUCAAAUUAGGAUCAAACUAAAAUGAUGUCAAUCCAUUUGUUAUAACUCAGUGUCACUUAAUGGGUAUAUUAGUAGUUGACGUUCUUAUACUGGACUACAGUUUUUGUUGUACUUUGCGGUGGCCUGUUGAUUUUUGUUCCAUAGCGCGUAUUUCGUCCUACUGUAGGUGAUUGUACUGAAAGGUUCGUUAUGGGUUUUUUCGGAAUCGUAUCAUUUGGAUAAUUAUCAAGCAUAUGGUUAUAGAUAAGUAGUUGAGUCCAUCCGCCUGUUUUUUUAAUAUUCCCUGAACUAUGCUAUUCACGAAAAAAUUGUCAAUGCGCAAAUUGUUUUUCUUGGGAUUGUAUUUUGUGUUCCUUGUAACGAAAAUUGCUUCACGUUACUUUCACGUAGCUAGUUCAAGCGCUCCGAAUUAUGACGAGCAUCCAUUAUAUCCAACUUUUGAUCAUUCAGUUGACCGAAAUGACCAAAGAGGUUCUUGGAUGAACAGAAAGUUGAUGGGGAUACAAGUUGUGCGUCCACACCCAUCGUUAAACUGUACGCCUCUAGCAAUCGAAAAUUUCCCACGGGACAUUUUUACACAGUCCCAAAGGCAAUAUGGAGCUGUUAUAAUCCAUCUGGUUGUCUCAAUUUAUAUGUUCGUUGGUCUAGCACUACUUUGUGAUGACUACUUCAUUCCUUGUCUGGAGAGGAUUUGUGAAGUUCUACACCUCCAGCCUGAUGUUGCUGGAGCUACGUUUAUGGCUGCUGGAAGUUCUGCUCCCGAGUUGGCAACUACCUUAGUUGGAGUAUUUAUUGCAAAAGAUGAUAUCGGUCUUGGAGCCGUUGUGGGUUCAGCUGACUUCAAUAUAAUGUUGGUUGUCAGUGUUAGUGCGCUCUUCGCAAAACAGGUGAUUUAUCUUAAUUGGUGGCCGUUGGUGCGUGAUUCCGCUGUUUAUCUAUUAUCUAUCAUACUCUUGGCAUUGGUUAUUUAUGACGAAUUAGUCUAUUGGUAUGAGUCAGGAAUAUUUAUUAUUGUCUAUGGAUUAUAUGUAUUAUUAAUGUACUAUAAUCCACGUAUUGAUGCAUUUUGGCGUAUUUGGUGUCGUGAACAUCCAACAUUCUGUCCACGUGCAAUACAUUCAGAUCAAGGAAUUCCUGAUCAAAUUCAACAACAUAGCGGUGCAUUUGGACAUUUUGAUAUUGACAAUAAAUCAUUACUGCCUAAUCCAAUUUGUCAUGAACCACCGAAUAUUAAAACAGGCUAUAAACGUUUUGAAGGGGAUGAAGAUAAUUUUCCCUCAGAAAAACCAGACUAUACAACAGAGAAAUUUGAAAUUAUUGGUAGCGGUUUAGUCGACCAACAAUCACACCGUGAUACCAACACCACUAAAUUGGAUGAUGUUGAAACACAAGUUCGUUCAGGUGAUUCUAUUGAGUCAUGGUUUGACACUUGUUUUGCUCCGCUCAAAUUACCCGGUCGUGAAGGUGUACGCGGUAAAAUUCGUUAUGCAUUUUGUGCAUUUUUAUGGCCAUUACGCUGUGCUUUAUGCUUAACUGUACCAGAUGUACGUAAGACAAGAUGGCGACAAAUACCUGCUUCUCAUUGGCUAUCUUUCUUGAUGUGCUGUUUUUGGAUUGGUAUAUUUACCGUGAUUAUGAUGUGGAUGAUCACAGUAAUUGGUGUUACUCUUCAUAUACCGGAUACUGUAAUGGGAUUAACAUUUAUUGCAGCUGGUUCUAGUGUACCAGAUGCAAUCGCUUCAGUAAUUGUUGUUCGUGAAGGUGAAGGUGAUAUGGCCGUAUCAAAUGCAGUAGGUAGUAACGUAUUUGACAUAUUAAUUUGUAUGGGUUUACCAUGGUUAAUUAAAUCAAUCAUUUCUCAAGCGCCAAUUGUCAUCUAUUCUAGAGGUUUAUUAUAUUCAACAUUGACUUUAUUCACAACCGUUAUAUAUCUUCUAGUUGCAACACAUAUUAAUCGUUGGCGUUUAACUAAAAUUUAUGGUUAUGCAUUACUUAUUGGUUAUAUUAUUGUACUUGUAUUCUGUAGUUUAUAUGAAUUGAAUUAUUUUGGUACAGUCCAUUUACCAUCAUGUCCAUUAAAUGAAUGAAUAUGAACUAUUCUAUUCAUAUAUAUUCAUGCCAUAAUAUGAAAAUAGGAUUAUCUAUAUAGAUGAAAUUUCCUCAAUAAAUAUAAAGACGCUAUGUACUACUAUUAUCAUUAUUAGUAGUAGUACUUCACUGUUCUAUGAUUUGUUUGUCUUUUUUCCUCAUUUGUCUACUUUAUUACAAUAUAUUAGUAAUAGUCAAGAGUUAUCUCUAUUUUAUUCCGUAUUUUGUUGAAUGCUAAUCCUGUUAUUCACAAUUUAAAAAAACAUUUCAUAAUGCAUAAUCCAAACAUUUAUUAUUUGUAAAUCAAUCUUGUUAACCAUUUUUCUUUUAAUUCACUAAUCAUAUUUCUAUCCAAUAUUUUGUUGUCAACAGUCCUUCCCCCCUCCCGUUUUUUUCUAUUUCUCUCUCUCUCUCUCUCUAUGUGUGCUUUUUUGUGUUGGGCUAACUAGGGUCAUCAUUAUCAUCAUCAUAUUACUAUUAUUGAUUUUUCAGUUUUUAUUUCGAAGCAUUUUAAUUGGGAUUUUUAUUUCAUCAAAUGUUAUGGGUUGAAAUAUAUUUCCUUUCUACGGUAUAUAAUUUCUUUAUUUGUCAUUGGGACAAUACAAUAAUUAUUGCCCAU